AUGGAUUGGAACAACGUGACGGCAGAGGAUCUGGUGGAGGCCCUUCGCGAAGUUGACUGGUCGUCGCCGCCGCGUCCCGUGUCGGAGUUCUUCUCCCGAUUCACCGUGCCCCGCUCGUACGCCAAAUGGAACAGUCGUCUAAAGUGCAACCUCUAUUACUACCGGACGAAUUAUUUCAUAAUGAUUGUUUUCAUUCUUGGGAUUGGAUUUCUUAGGAGGCCGCUAGCUAUUGUUGCUGCUUUGUUGACAGCUUUGAGUAUUGCGUUUCUGAAUGAUAGUUUUGCAGGUACCUUCAGUGAAAAGGUCACAAGAACUGUCAGACAGUUUUCUCCUCACUUGGCAGCUAAGAUGAGACCUCCCCUCACACCUGUUAUUCGGGGGCGCCCAUCUGCAAAACGAGCAAUACAUAUAUGUGGACGGCCGCGAUGGGUAUUUGUCUUGGUAUUUUCUGCAAUGAGUUUCUUCCUCUGGUUUGCUUCAUGUGGUAUCCUCAUGGUCUUAUGGGCUUUUGCUAUUGGACUUCUUGCCACUCUCAUCCACGCAAGCUUUAGAACUCCCAACUUGAAAGCUCGCUUGAACACAUUCCGUGAAGAGUUCCGUGCCGUUUGGCGCAAUUAUAGUGAGCUGUAG